AUGAAACUGGCAAACCUUCUUCUCACUCUGAGUCACUCGUUUACCUUCGCCUCUUCGGCAAAGUCCCGGUACCCAGACAGCAACUAUGUCAUCGUCGGAGCAGGACCAGCCGGAUAUGUCCUAGCCAAUCGCCUGUCCCAAGAUCCAAAUAUCACGGUCACACUUUUGGAGGCUGGGUCGGAUGGUAACGACGAUGCCGACAUCUACACCCCUGGAUUUGCCGGUAGACUUCAAAGAAGUUGGUAUUCGUGGAACUACACCUCGCAGCCCGACCCGCGGCGUGGUGGCAUUGCGCCACGCUUCCCACAAGGCCGUGGUUUAGGUGGUGGCACAUCUAUCAACUUUAUGGCGUAUUCCCGUGGAGCAGCCAGUGUGUACGAUCAAUGGGCGAAAGAGUCCGGUAACGACAGGUUGAGUUUCGGAAGUCUCCUCCAGAUGUUCCAACUCUCUACAAACCUAACUAUGCCGCCCCUGACUGAUUACCCUACCGCCGCAAACCCUGCCGUAUACGGAAACGGGCCACUACAAGUCAGCUACGAAAUUAACGCCACCGGGACUGAACCAUACUGGGGUGAUGCUAUGGCCGCAAGUAUGGCACUGCCCGCACCUCUUAUCGAUCCCACCGAUGGGCGUUCCAUUGGUCGAGUGAAUGGUGGCCCGCAUACCAUCGAUCUCCGGACGGGGCGUCGAUCGUCUGCCCAAGAUUCGUACGGUUCGGCCUUAUUGUCUCGGAAGAACGUGAAGAUUAUAACUGGUGCUGAAGCUACCAAGAUCCAUGUUUGGUAUGAGAAGGCGGCGUUGGUUGAGUACAUAUCAUUGAGGGAUGAUUCCAAUCAUACCAUCUGGGCCAGGAGAGAGGUUAUCGUCAGCGCAGGCGCAAUCGGAUCCCCCAAGCUGCUUAUGCUCUCGGGUAUUGGUCCCAGGAAGCAUCUGGAGGACUUGAGGAUCCCCGUUGUAAAGGACAUCCCAGACCUGGGCGACAAUUUGCACGACCAUCACAAUGCAGUCGUCAUGGUACAGAUCCCAGAGAACAUUACUACUUCGUUCACGCUUCAGAAAAACGAAACUCUACUCGCCGCCGCCGCCGAAGAGUUCCAGGCAAAUGGAACAGGUCCGUUGUCACAUACCUUAAGCUCCAGUUACGUGACAGAACGGCCACCAGAUGCCUUCCUUGACAGUGUCAACGCACCUUUUCACAAAGCUCUUCCCAAGGACCGGCCCAUACUUUCCUAUCAUUAUACAACAUCAGCAAUGGCCCCCAACCCCCACAACUCAAAUGUGAUCUCCGGAUAUGUUAGUCUUCUGCAACCAGAAGCGCACGGAUCCGUUCGACUGGCCAGCGGCGACUAUCGCGAUGCACCGCUUAUCUUCUCCAACUACUGGGGUUCUGAUGCGGAUAUGGCGUUGCAGUUAUAUGGGUAUAAGAAACUACGCGGUGCAAUGGCAUCCAACAUCAUAGCUCCAAUAGUAAAGGGCGAACUGUUCCCGGGCCCUCAGGUCCAGACUGACGAGGACCUGACCCGUGCGAUGUUAUCAAGUGCAUGGUCAUUCCACCAUCCCAGCGGAACAUGUGCUCUGGGAAAAGUUGUCGACUCCAAGUUCCGCAUUCCUGGUAUAAGGGGCUUGCGCAUAGUGGACUCCAGUGUGCUACCAUCCCAGCCGACCUGCCAUAUGUCGGCGCCAGUCUAUGCAGUAGCUGAGCUGGCAGCACAGAUGAUCCAGGAAGACUGGAAAGGCCGUGCAAGUAAUGAAACCGUAUUGGCUGGUGGUACGUUGUGA